AUGACAAGUCGAAUGGCACAAGUAGAAGAAUUAUGCAUAUUACUGAAAAUCAAAGGAAUCUUUGGUCCAAAAGCAUUUUCAAUUAUUGGAAAUGCUCAUUUGAUUAUUCGCGAUACGACAGCUGUAUUUAACCAAAUACUAAAUCUUGAAAAAUUGGAAACUUUAGAUGGAGAAGAAUUAGACGCUUUCCAUUACGUCUUCCGCUGUUCAUUGGAUGUAAUAUACGAUGUCACGCUGCGAAUAAAUUCGCUGAUAAAUCCGGAUUGUAAAUUAGCUAAAUCAAUAGAAUGUGCAAUGGACAUAGCAACACAAAGGAUCUUUAAAGUAUGGUUACAUCCGAAUAUAAUUUUUUAUAAUAUUGCUAGAAAAAAAAAAUUUCAGCUGAAGACACUUCUAGAUUCUUUAUUCGAGUCAUCGUACGAAGGAGAAAAAUAUUCGGAGCAAGAUAUUCGCGAUGAAAUCAAUACAAUAGUUAUACCUGAAAGCGAAACUUCAGCCACAACCAUUAGCUUUAUAAUUUUAAUGCUUGCUACAUUUCCGAAAAUUCAAGUACAUAAAAAAAAACUUUCGGAACUUGUGAUCAAGGAAACGUUACGUCUAUUUCCUGCAGUUCUAGUCCUCGCACGGGAAGUGACUAGCGCGAAAUAUUGGCCAUGGCCAUUAGUAUUCGAUCCCGGUAGGUUCCUACCGGAAAAGAAUUGUUCUACGUAUUUCUUUCCAUUUAGUUACGGUCGAAGAAAUUGCAUAGGUAGCCUAACACUCUGGGACGAUGUCGAAGCAACCUUUAACAUAGAUUUAUGUAAUUUCACUUCUGGUUACAACAAUUAA